UCACAUUUUUUACAUAAAAUAUAAUAAAUACUAUCAAUAUAUAAUAUAUUGUAUAUAAUAUAAUUUCAAGAUAAUUCUUUUCACAGAUUAUAUCCACGGAGUUGUCACAGAUUAUGCGUAGCAAGUCUGUUAGCGUUCUGUUCCGUAAAAUUAUUGCCAUAGGGAACGCGGCGACGAAGAACGGAACGAUAGCGGAAUCAUUCUCAUUGGUUGUCUUUCAUCUAGUUUCUUUUCCGUUACUGUUCCGUUCCGCUACUUCUUCCAUCGGGACGCACCCUUAAGGCUGGUUUAUGAUAGCCGUAAUCCGUUAACUUAUGGAAUCGUAAAAAAUUGACUAAUCAUACUCGAAUUAUAGAAGAAUAAUCGACUGUAAUUGGUCAAUUUUUUACGGUUCCGGUAUAAAUUAUCAAAUUACGGCCAUCAUAAAUCGGCCUUUAGUUUCGAACAUGAAGUAAGAGAUAAGGAGGUCGAACUUGAUCCUUCUUUCUUUCAAUAUAUGGCUUUCGGUAAUUUAAUACCUCAACGUCAUUUACCGAUCGAACUUGAUAGGGCGCGAGUAGAUAAAGUGAUCCUUAUUCGUGUCUCCUAAUUGAGAAGAUAUUCGCUGAAAUAACUUUUGGUGGUUGAGCGCUAUUUGUAAAGCAAUAAGUUAGAGCGAGAUAAGAUACACUUGUCUCACUCUUACUGCACCAGUUCAAUGGUGCAGCUCUUUAGCUGCCUUUCAUCUCUAUAUCCCUAUCUCUUUUCUUUUCCUUCCUACCUUCUUUCCUUUAAUUUCUUUUCUCUAUCUUUCCAAAUCUUUUUUAGAAUCUUACCUUUCACUUCAUCUAAUUCAUUAUUCCAUAUCCUUUUCUUUCCCUACUUCUCCUCUUUACCCAAUUCUUCAAACCAUUUUCUCCCUACCUCAUUAUUUGAUUUGAUAUAUAAUAAUAUUAUAUAUCAAUAUUAUAUAUAAUUUGAUAUAUAAUAAUAUAUAAUAAUAUUUGAUUUGAUAUAUAAUAAACCCGGUCACUAUUUCAGACAGAGUUUGGGUCAGAACAUAAAAUACUUGAAUUACAGAGAGGCAUAUAUACUGUUGACUCGAAACUAAUUUGGAUCGCUUUUCCGUAAACACCCUCUCACAACAGAUAUAUUAGAUAAAUAUUUUAAAUAAAUUAUUAUUUUACCCGAACACUUGUGCACAUUUAUGGUCUGUUCUUUUCAGCUGCACUACUGAACUGGUACAAUAAGUUAAAGUAAGACAAGUAUAUCUUUUUUCACUAACUUAUUGCACCAGUUUAGCAAUGCUGAAAAGAACAGAUCAUUAGGCUUGUAUAGUUCUAAUCUCUGUCUUAUGACGAAUAAGUAUAUACUUAAGAUUUGACAGAGAGAAAGAGAGAAAGAGAUAUAAAAAUUGCACGAAAAUAUAAGAAGUAUAAUAUGGUACAAUUCGAACUAUUCAGCGUUACCGUAACUGGAGUGGCAGAUUCGACUGAAAUCCGAUUGGACACAGUACGAUUGAAUAGAGAAUAUAAUGAUUGGUUGGACUUAGUAAUUUACCAGAUAGAUCUUUGCAUCGAUUGGUUGUGUCCAAUUGUGCUAUGUUCAAUCGAGACUUUCCCGGCAGAUUCGAGAAACUCAGUUGUUGCUAUGUUCUCUUUGAAACGGGUCUCGACAAGUUCGCAAUGGUCAGCUUCUCAGAUUUUCUGUGAAUUCAACCCGCCUGAGUGUCGGUAUAUCUCAGAGAUGGCGUUAGUGUAUCAAGCGCACAAGGCUCGCGGUCUUUAUUAGCGUUUGCUAUUGUUUCAUUAGUGACAGUGCGGUUCUUCCGCAAAAUAAAUCGUGAUAUUUAACGCGAAUAUUGGAAGACAAU